GUUUAGAGUAAUUUACUAGCUACAUGAUCUAGCUAUUAGCCUGCAGAAACAGACCCACCCAUUUUUGAAGAAGCCACAUAGUAGAGUCUGAGUGUGUACUGAAUUAAUAGCUAAAGCAUCAAGAUCAUGGCUUCAACAAGAUUGAAAGUACUUCUACUCCUAACAAUUCUGAUUAUUUGCAAUGCCCAAGAGCAACUGAUUCACGUUAAACCCGACAGCUGCCAACAAGAUCUAGAGUGCUCCUGUUCCUAUCAGUUCCCCGACUGUCAGACUUUGUCUGAGUAUGCCCUCAAUACAAGUAGUUACCUCCCUUCCAAGUUUAUACUAACUCCUGGUCAAUAUUAUCUCGAUUCAGACUUUUUAUUAAAUGGUACCAGUACCGAGAGCUUCUCUCUAAACGGAACUGAAAAUACCACCAUCUACUGUCGACAAAAUGCCACUUUAUCGUUCAAUGAUUUGACAAGCGUAACUAUUCAGAAUGUGGCCUUUGUUUUGUGCGGUGAAGGUGAUUUGCCUGGUAUCAGCUUGACCAACAUCAACACAGUGAAGAUGAUGGACAUCAGUGUAGCUAACACCACCUCUGGUGCUCUCUACAUUAAAGACAGCUCAAAUGUUGAGCUCACUAACCUUGCGAUUACCAAUAACAAAAACUCACUUGCUACAAUUGUCAGCAUACAAAACUUAGGAAAUACCUCAUUAAAUGACCUCAGCAUCUUUAACAACGGUAUUGGAGAAUAUGAUUCUGAGUGUGUCUACAGCAGCUUCCCUAAUGCAGAAGAGGUGGUAUUUCGAAUCGAUGGUGGUUUCCUAACAGCUGAGAGUGUUUAUGUGACUGAUAAUGUUGGACCGUUUGGUGUAAUGGCCUUGAGUAAUGUUGAGGCAGUUGUGAAUGGAGACUGGUCAUUUAAUCGAAAUCGUGUCUGUCUAGGUGGUUCAUUAUUCCUGAGUGAGGUGAACAUGGAAUUUCACGGGACUUUAUACUCCAUUGAUAAUAAAGAGAUUGGUGACAAAUACAAAACCACUGCUGGACUAUAUAUCAGUAACAGUCAAGUAAAUAUAAAUGGGACAAUUGAGUCUGUUGCAAACAAAGGUUACAUCACAUCAAUUCAAUCUGUGGGCUCCAAUAUAUCUUUAAUGGAGGGAGCAUCUCUACUUCUGAAUGGUAAUCACAAUGGAUUUCAAAUAAUGUCACUGGCGAAAGGAUCAAAACUGAUCAUCCUCAACGGAACACUAAAAGCUUCUAAUAAUACAAUACUUCGUGAAAGGCUUAUUCUAGUUGACACUUCUCAAGUAUUAGUCAAUGGUCAUAUAACGUUUAAAAACAAUUCAAGAUCCCCUUUAUCUGGGUACAAUGCUAUUAUUCACUUGUACGGUCAGAUCUACUUUCAAGAUAAUGCUGGAAUUGUGUUCGGUGUGAACUCCGAUUUGUAUAUAAACGGCAACUCAACUUUUUAUCGUAACAAUAUUGAUGAUGGCUACAGAGAUGGUGCUCUUGCCAUUGUACAAAACAGUACACUAACAUUAGGUGGCGAUUAUUUGUUCAUUGAAAAUCUCUAUGACAAUGAAGAUGGUGGUGCAGUGUACGCAACACUCACUUCUAUUGUGAAGUUUAGCGGAAAUGGAAUAUUUAAAAAUAACUCAGCAAAGAUUGGAGGGGCAAUUUUUAUCGACCAAAAGUGUCGACUUGAACUCGAUAAGGAAACUAAUCUCCUUUUUGAGUACAACUCCGCAAUAAAAGGAGGGGCCAUUUUUAUUGGAACAUCUGUCGACCAGGUUCAGUGUAUUAAUGAUCAGAACACGUGUUUGUUUGGUCCUAUCAACCCUGGAAAUCUUAACGCUUCUCUCACAUUUCAACACAACAAAGCAUACCCUGGGGGCAGUGUCAUACAUGUCAACUUUGAUGUCAUAGAUAAUUCAGAGAUUACGUAUCCAGCUUUGAAGGACUUGAAUAAAACACUCAAUGUAAAGUCAGGAAAUUCAGUACCUGCAUUUGCAUCGGAUAGCUAUUGGUUUUGUUUCUGUGAAAACGAUACAAGAAAAAGUUGUGAAAAAAAUGCUCCAUUGAACGUAUCAGCAAGUAAAGGAAAACCAUUUUCUGUGAUGGUAAGAACUCUAACAUUUUAUGGGGACAAUAUGUCAGAACCAGUUCGAAGGAAUUUGCAGUCUGCUUUAUUAUCGAUCGACACUGAUGACAAUACGACGUCUUCUUUAACUACAGACGGGAAGCUUCAAAGUGCCAAUCCUGAAAAAUGCAUGAGUGUCAGUUUUACUGUGAAAUCCGAGGUAGAUAUGGAAGUCCUUGUGUUGAAUGUGGGCGAGUCAUUUCUGGAUGAUGACAAAACACUUUAUGUAAAUGUACAUUUCAACGAGUUGUGCCCAGACGGUUUUCCAAGUGACAUACAGAAUUACAGCUGCGUCUGCGAUGAGAAAAUUAGUAAUUAUCUGCAAAGAUGCGAGAUAACGGACGAAAUAUUUCAGAAAAGAAUCGAAUUUCAAAGCUAUUGGAUGGCACCAGCAAAUCAAUCUAAUUAUCAAGGAGCAAUGAGUUGGUAUGAAAACUGUCCUAACAGAUACUGUAUUACAGAGGGAAACUUCACUUUUUCAAAUGAUGGUAUUUGUGACAACAAUCGGUCUGGUGUACUGUGUGGAAGCUGCAAAAUGAACACUAGUUUAAUGCUUGGUGGAGAUGUGUGUGGGGACUGUUCAGAUAAUGCAUACUUGGCACUAUUGGUUGUUUUUGCAGUGGCUGGAAUAUUAGUGGUUGCUUUAAUCUUCCUAUUGCAAAUGACAGUGGCUUCAGGAACUAUAAAUGGACUCAUCUUCUACGCAAACAUUUUGAACAGCAAUCAGACCGUGUUCUUCCCAAAGGGAUUCUUCCGUAGCUAUACCAUCUUCAUAUCAUGGCUGAACCUCGAUUUCGGAAUCGAAACAUGUUUCUACGACGGCAUGACUCAGAUUGCAUACAGUGGACUACAGUUCGUAUUCCCAGUCUACAUCUGGAUACUAGCAGGCCUGAUUGUUGUUCUAUGCCGAUACUCUGUACGGGUAUCGAAGUUUUUCAGUACCAGUGACCCUGUAGCUGUUCUUGCUACCAUAAUCUUGUUGUCUUUCAACUCACUAGCCCAAAAUAUCAUCAGUAUUUUCUACUAUUCGACUAUCAAUAACCCUGGAAACAUGAGAACAGCAGUUUGGAGAUAUGACGGAAACGUUGAUUAUGCCUCUGGGCAUCAUUUGACUCUUAUCAUAGUCGCAUCAGUGUUUCUCCUAUUGCUACUGACACCCUACAUGUUUGUACUGUUCUCUGCACAGGUUUUACAAAAAAGUGAUUUCAUUUCAAAAAUUAUUCGACGAUUGAGACUUCAGCCUUUCAUACACGCAUACCUGAUCCCUUUCAAACCCAACCAUCGCUACUGGGCAGGACUUAGUAUCAUGAUGAGAGCCGUGCUACUAAUUUUAUUUGCAUUCGGAGAAAAUCGGCAUAUAAACCUUCUUGCUAUUAUUACCACUUGUAUUGUUGCUAUAUCUAUGUUCAGGGUGACUGGAGGAAUAUAUGACAAGAGUUGGAUUGACACACUUAGAGAUGUCCUUCUUGGUGAACCUAGGUGUGCUUGCAGCAGCUACCUCAUAUUCUCUGAAUUCUUCAAUCAACGGUCAUAGAGAAAUCGCCACAUACAUAUCGAUUACGAUAGCACUACUAACUUUUAUCGGGAUUAUAAUUGUGCACGUUUACUGGCGACUCAAGAAGCUUCCUAUGUUAAAGGAAAGGAUGGAAGCUUUAACCAAGAAAAUUGGAGUAAUUAAGAAACAAAAACUAAUUAUAAAUGAGCCAGCUGAAUUGGAGGCUAACAAAGUUACUCAUAGUGUGGCUGAGAUGACCACUACAUAUCAAGUUGAUCUGAGAGAGCCAUUACUGGAAAGCCAAAUACAUUGAGACUCGAUUGUCUCUCUAAAUAAAAGCGGUUGAUUUUGUUGCUUAUAAUUAUAAUACGAUGUACCAGCAUUUUGUUUUGAAAUCUAAUAGUUGUGCUAUAGAGACUCUGUCUUUAAUGUUGUGUAGAUGCUAUGUUUGUUGUAGAGAUUGUCAGCUGUGUUGUAUCGUUUUAGACGAAGCAUGAUUAAUUAUUUACAUCUUCAACUUGUGUAAGUAUUUGGCCCCGCAAUUCAUUUCUCCAACAAAAAUGAAUGAAC